UAAAAAACCAAACAAACACACCACCCAGAAAUCUCACCUUCUGUCACCCCAGCCCCCACACCUGGUAUAUAACAGUAUUCAACGGUUGACAAAAAUAUGUCAGUUCAAAAUUGUUUGUCUUAAACAGCUCACACUCUCUUCAUCAUGAAGUUCCUCGUUCUCCUUCUUGCUCUGUUGGCUACUGUGUCCGCCAUGCCGGCCAAGACUUACGUCCAGGAAGUGCCCGCAUACCAGGCUCCUGUCCAAGUCGCAUAUGUUCCGCAACCAUACACCUUUUCGUACAUUGUUCAAGAUGAUGAAACCUACAACGAUUACCUUCACACUGAGAAGACGGAUGGAAAGGUAACAACCGGCUCUUAUCGCGUGGAACUUCCUGACGGCCGGACUCAGAUCGUUACCUACAGAGCUGACGAGAACGGAUACACAGCUGUUGUUAAAUACGAGGGAGUAGCACAGUACCCAGAAUAUGUCCAAAAAAAUACUAAUUUUUUUAAAUUAGCUAUUAUUAUUUAUCUGGUAGAUAUGAAAUAUUAAAUUUUUUAAAAUGAAAAACAUAUUUAAUGAGGACUUUUGUGUUUUUAUCGUUUUGUCUGUGAGCUUGCAAAAAAAAUUUACUUUUAAGUUCUGGAAACCUAUAUGUCAUUCGUUGCGCAUCAUAAAUACACACUUACACAGCCCCU